CUCGUAGAACAUUCGAGAACCCCUCGUUAGCCAACAAUAAAUUCCCAGCGCCCCGCAUCCCACUCCCGUCCCACACAGACACAGCCUCCCACCACAAACCCUCCUCCAGUGCUCUUUUCUUCUAGCCGCCGCCGCAACCGCUUGCUAGCGCUCUGCGCUCUCAUCCUCGCGUCCGUGGAAGGUCGUCUCGACAUGGCCUCCGAGACGGAGACGUUCGCCUUCCAGGCGGAGAUCAACCAGCUGCUAUCGCUCAUCAUCAACACCUUCUACUCCAACAAGGAGAUCUUCCUUAGGGAGCUCAUUUCAAACUCCUCCGAUGCCUUGGAUAAGAUCAGGUUCGAGAGUUUGACGGACAAGAGCAAGCUGGAUGCCCAGCCGGAGCUGUUCAUCCACAUCGUCCCUGACAAGGCCAACAAUACUCUGACAAUCAUUGACAGUGGCAUUGGUAUGACCAAGUCAGACCUUGUGAACAACCUUGGUACCAUUGCACGAUCUGGCACAAAAGAGUUCAUGGAGGCACUGGCUGCUGGUGCCGACGUGUCCAUGAUUGGUCAGUUUGGUGUCGGUUUCUACUCGGCAUACCUUGUUGCUGAGAGGGUUGUCGUGACCACCAAGCACAACGAUGAUGAGCAGUAUGUAUGGGAGUCUCAGGCCGGUGGCUCCUUCACUGUCACACGUGAUACCUCUGGGGAGCAACUUGGCAGGGGUACAAAGAUGACCCUUUACCUCAAGGAUGAUCAGUUAGAGUAUCUUGAGGAGCGCCGGCUGAAGGAUCUGAUCAAGAAGCACUCAGAGUUCAUCAGCUACCCAAUCUCUCUCUGGAUCGAGAAGACCACUGAGAAGGAAAUAUCUGAUGAUGAGGACGAGGAAGAUAAGAAGGACGAGGAGGGCAAGGUUGAGGAUGUUGAUGAGAAGGAAGAAAAGGAAAAGAAGAAGAAGAAGAUCAAGGAGGUUUCUCAUGAGUGGCAAUUGGUUAACAAGCAGAAGCCUAUCUGGAUGAGAAAGCCUGAGGAGAUUACCAAAGAAGAGUAUGCUGCUUUCUACAAGAGCUUGACCAACGACUGGGAGGAGCAUCUCGCCGUUAAGCACUUCUCUGUUGAGGGUCAGCUUGAGUUCAAGGCUGUCCUGUUUGUGCCGAAGAGGGCCCCCUUUGACCUCUUCGACACCAGGAAGAAACUGAACAACAUCAAGCUCUAUGUGCGCCGUGUCUUCAUCAUGGACAACUGUGAGGAGCUGAUCCCAGAGUGACUGAGCUUUGUCAAGGGCAUUGUUGACUCUGAGGACCUUCCCCUCAACAUCUCCCGUGAGACCCUCCAGCAGAACAAGAUCCUCAAGGUCAUCCGGAAGAACCUGGUGAAGAAGUGCAUUGAGCUGUUCUUUGAGAUUGCUGAGAACAAGGAGGACUACAACAAGUUCUAUGAGGCCUUCUCGAAGAACCUGAAGCUUGGCAUCCACGAGGACUCCACGAACAGGAACAAGAUUGCGGAGCUGCUGAGGUAUCACUCCACCAAGAGCGGAGAUGAGCUGACAAGCCUCAAGGACUAUGUGACUAGGAUGAAGGAGGGCCAGAAUGACAUCUACUACAUCACUGGCGAGAGCAAGAAGGCCGUGGAGAACUCCCCCUUCCUUGAGAAGCUGAAGAAGAAGGGCUAUGAAGUCCUGUACAUGGUGGACGCCAUCGACGAGUAUGCUAUUGGCCAGCUCAAGGAGUUCGAGGGCAAGAAGCUCGUCUCGGCCACCAAGGAGGGCCUGAAGCUCGAUGAGAGUGAGGAUGAGAAGAAGCGGAAGGAGGAGCUUAAGGAGAAGUUCGAGGGCCUGUGCAAGGUGAUCAAGGAGGUGCUGGGCGACAAGGUGGAGAAGGUUGUGGUCUCUGACCGCGUGGUGGACUCCCCCUGCUGCCUGGUGACGGGCGAGUACGGCUGGACGGCCAACAUGGAGAGGAUCAUGAAGGCACAGGCGCUCAGGGACUCGAGCAUGUCUGGGUACAUGUCCUCCAAGAAGACCAUGGAGAUCAACCCGGACAACGCCAUCAUGGAGGAGCUGCGCAAGCGCGCGGAGGCCGACAAGAACGACAAGUCUGUCAAGGACCUUGUCAUGCUUCUGUUCGAGACGGCGCUGCUCACCUCGGGCUUCAGCCUUGACGACCCCAACACCUUCGGCGGCCGCAUCCACCGCAUGCUCAAGCUGGGCCUCAGCAUCGACGAGGACGAGGCUCCGGAGGCCGACACCGACAUGCCUCCUCUGGAGGAUGACGCUGGCGAGAGCAAGAUGGAGGAGGUCGACUAGUCUGGCUAUCGUGUCUUAAUUGGUGUGUGCGUGUUUUUUUUACUUUUGCUAGCCUGCAAACUUCGUACGUUUAUUAUUGUCGGUAUAAUAGUGCUCCGGCUGCCCAUCUCUGCUUGCUCGGUCAGUUUUAUAUAUGCCAGCUGCUCAUCGCAGCAUUCUCCCUGUGCACAACUCCAAAAUGCGGGAAGAGAUCAAUUAUUAACCGAGUGAAAAGUGUUUAUAGAACAUCGUCAAGUCUCUUGUGCACUUUGGCACUUUCAGUCA